AUGGUAUCUCCUACAUUUAUUUUCUACCUUACACUGACUCUCUUCCUUUUCCUAAAUGUGUCCACUUCUACUAAGACCAUCCUAGUUGAUAAGUCAGGCAAGGGACAAUUCACCACAGUGCAGAAGGCCAUCGAUUCAAUCCCAUCAAAUAACAAACAAUGGACAAUUAUCCUUCUCAAUGCUGGUGUUUACAAAGAGAGAGUUACAAUCAUCAAAGAUAAACAAUACAUUAUUCUUAAGGGAGAGAGUAGGCUAUCGACUGUGAUCGAAUGGGAUGAUUCUGGAAACUCCUUGGAAAGUUCAACCUUCAAGUUGUAUGCUUCAAAUUUUAUGGCUCGUAAUAUUACAUUCAAGAAUACAUAUGACCUCGUGCUGGUAAAUAAUGUGGUGAAAAAGAUUACAUGGGCACCAGCAGCUCUUCUUUAUGCAGACAAAGCAUCAUUUUAUGAAUGUAGUUUUGUUGGCAUACAAGAUACACUCACUGACUUAGUUGGUCGUCACUUUUUUGAUGGUUGCUAUGUUGAAGGUGCAAUAGACUUCAUCUGGGGUUAUGGUCAAUCACUUUAUCAGAAUUCUGAAAUACAUGUAAAUGGAAAAAGUAUAGGCAAUUGGAACGCUUAUAUUACAGCCCAAGGUCGAGAAAGUGAUACACAAACCAAUGGUUUUGUGUUUAAGUAUUGUAAAGUAACAGGAACUGGUACUGCAUAUUUAGGGAGGGCAUAUAGAAACCAUUCGGCAGUAGUGUAUUUCAGGUCAACUUUCGACAAUAUUAUUGCCCCAGAAGGUUGGGAUAUAUGGAAACAAGCUGGAAAGGAGAAAUAUAUCACAUAUGCAGAGGUGGAAUGCAAGGGACCAGGGGCAAACAUGUCGAAACGUGUGAAAUGGGAGAAAACAUUAACGGCCGAACAACAGAAAAAGUUUGUCGAUCAAAAAUUGUUCCUAAACCAAGAUGGUUGGAUAGAAGAACAACGCCUGCAUCUUUAG